AUGUUCCAGUUCCCAAGUCUCAUACAACAUCAUGCUCUUCACAACAUCCCGCUCUAUACCCUCACCUCCAUCCUCCUCCUCCUCAUCCUCCAGCUCCUCCUCACCCUCCACCGUAACAUCUCCCACGCCAGACGCGCCUGCACCCUCUCCUGCCGCCUAGCGCUCCUCGAACCCUCAAAAUGGCCGCUCGGCCUCGACAUCGUCCUCGCCUCCCUCCGCGCCGACCGCGAACAGCGCACGCCGGACCACGUCGCCGCGCGCUUCGCGGCCCUCCGUCUCAAUGGUCAGGGCAACAACACCAAUACCAACAGCGGCGUCUACACCUUCCGCAUGUCCCUCCUCGGCACAACAAACCUCGUCACAGCCGACCCGCGCAACAUCCAAGCCCUCCUUGCCACGCAAUUUCACGACUUCGGCAUGGGCCUCGCCCGCAGCACGAACCUCAAGACCGUCCUGGGCCGAAGCAUCUUCGCGGCUGACGGAUCGGCGUGGCGCUCUGCGCGGGAGAUGAUGAGGCCCCUCUUCAGCCGCGAUAACGUCUCCAGGCUGGAUCUGCUCGAGGCGCAUGUCCAGACGCUGUUUCUCUGUAUCGAAAAGGAGAGAACAACCACCACCUCAACCACCACCUCCGCCACCAACAACAUGAACGCCGCGGAUGGAACAUGGUCCGACCCCGUGAGCCUCGCCUCCCUAUUCCCAUGCCUCACCCUCGACUCCGCAACAGAGCUCUUCUUAGGCCAAAGCACAUCCACCCUCUCCGCCCGCCUUCACAACGACCACUCCCACCCAGGCGCAGCCUUCAACCACGCCUUUGAAAAGCUCCUCGCCGUGCUCGGCAAGCGCAUGCGUCUCCGAAGUUUCUACUGGGUCUACGGGAACAAAGACCUGCGCUGUUGCGUAGCGACGCUCCACGAAUUCGUCGACGCCGCCAUCGCCGCCUCAGACGCGGCGAAAGCUCAGGGAUCCUCCCUCGCGCGCUACGAUUUCCUAGAUGUACUCCGCGAACGCUGCGCCGGCGGGGGUGGGGAUGAAGAAGUCCGCGAGCAGGUGCUGGGUUUACUCGCCGCCGGCCGGGAUACCACCGCCUCGCUGAUGAGCUGGGUGUGGUACUGCCUCGUCCGCAACCCGCGCGUGUUCACCAAGCUCCGCGCAGAAAUCACCUCAACCUUUGGACCCUACUCUUCUUCAACGGAUCCUUCGGAGGCAAUGACCUUCGCGUCCCUGAAGCAGUGCGCCUACCUACAAGCCAUACUCUCCGAGACCCUCCGCCUACACUCCGUAGUCCCCUUCAACUCGCGCCGCGCCCUCCGUGACACCACCCUCCCUACCGGCGGCGGUCCCGCCGGCACCGACCCGAUAUUCGUGCCCGCAGGGAUGGAAAUCAAUUUCAGCACGCACGUGCUCCAUCGGCGGCGAGAUCUCUGGGGCGAGGACGCAGAUGAGUUUGUUCCCGAGAGAUGGGAGAAGAAGAGGGGUUCCGCGGGCGCAGCGUGGCAUUUCGUGCCGUUCAACGGCGGGCCGAGGAUUUGUAUCGGGCAGCAGCUUGCGCUGACGGAGGCCGGUGGUUUGUGGGCCUGGGAGCCCGGUUGA